CUGCUGCCCGGCUGGUACUUGAGCGUCCAGAGGGCCCAGGCCCAGCAGUUCCGAUCACGCCAACAUCUGGAGACCAGGCCACCGGGUCUGUCUGCGGCUCAGUGGGGAUUUGCAUGCCAAGUUCUCUCCACCAAGCCUGGGACAAUGGGGAGGAAAAAAAUCCAGAUCUCACGCAUUCUGGACCAAAGGAAUCGGCAGGUGACAUUUACCAAGCGGAAGUUUGGGCUGAUGAAGAAGGCCUAUGAGCUGAGCGUGCUCUGCGACUGUGAAAUCGCCCUCAUCAUCUUCAACAGCGCCAAUCGCCUCUUCCAGUAUGCCAGCACAGACAUGGACCGCGUGCUCCUGAAGUACACAGAGUACAGUGAGCCCCACGAGAGCCGCACCAACACCGAUAUCCUCGAGACACUGAAGCGGAGAGGUGUGGGCCUCGAUGGACCAGAGCUGGAGCCAGAUGAGGGGCCUGAGGGGCCAGGAGAGAAGGUGCGGAGGUUGGCAGGUGAUGGGGGUGACCCAGCCUUGCCCCGGCCCCGGCUCUAUCCAGCAGCCCCUACUAUGCCCAGCCCGGACAUGGUAUAUGGGGCCCUGCCCCCACCAGGCUGUGACCCCAGUGGGCUUGGGGAGGCCCUGCCGGCCCAGAGCCGCCCAUCCCCUUUCCGGCCAGCAGCCCCCAAAGCUGGGCCCCCAGGCCUGGCACACCCUCUCUUCUCACCAAGCCACCUUGCCAACAAGACGCCACCACCCCUGUACCUGGCAGCAGAUGGGCGGAGGCCGGACCUGCCUGGCGGCCUGGCAGGGGCCCGAGGGGGACUGAGCACCUCAAAUAUAGCCUGGGAGACCCCCCGCCGCCCCCUGGCCUGCUGCAGCCCCCCACCCUGGCUCCCUGGCAGCACUCGAGGGGUGAUGGGCCCCCAGCCGCUCCUCCCCAGCCCAGUGGGGGUCGAAGCCUGGGUGAAGAGGGUCCCCCCACCCGCGGCGCCUCCCCGCCGACCCCCCCAGUCAGCAUCAAGUCCGAGCGCCUCUCGCCAGCCCCCGGGGGCCCCGGCGACUUUCCCAAGACUUUCCCCUACCCCUUGCUCCUGUCCCGGCCCCUGGCAGAGCCCCUACGGCCAGGCCCCCCCCUGCGCCGGCUGCCCACUGCGGACGGCUGGGCCCGGUAGUGGACCCAGGGGUGGCACCGGUCCUUCUUCCCACGCGGGGCUGGGCUAGGGCACGUGGGGUCCCUUCCCCGCAUCCUUCCCCGCGUCCUUAGAGAAGACCCAGCAGUUACGACCCUCCGAAGUGAGGGCCUGGCGUUCGGAUCCACGGUCGGGGGGGGGGGGGGCGGGUGGUUCCUUUCUCCCUUUCCUGUGUGUGUAUCCACCAAUAAAACACUUCUGGUGUCCGUGGACGAAACUAUCUGUCUGUCGCUGCUCAGAGCCACCACCACUCCCGGGUCCUCCCAUCUUUUCCCAAGAGACUUCAGCCUUGCCUUGUCUCGGUUUGGGGUACCUCCUCCAGAAUCUUACCCUGAGACAAGGAUUCCAGGAUGGGUAUCCCGGAGGAAGUCCAUUGAGGGGGAGGGGCGUGGCGGGGAAGAGCCCUGCAGGGGCGCCAGGGAGCAGGUGAUUUCGAGAGCAGCACCGCCCACCUCCCCCUACCCCUGAGGACCCCGGGAAACCGCUCAGAGUGCGCACCUAAUGUGGUUCCACUCCAGGGGCGACAGACUGGGCUAUUUACCCUCACCUCCUUUGGAUGUCGGGCCUUGUGCACAAGGGGAAGCCCCUAGGCUGGGUUACAGCAAGAAGCCCUUGGGAAUCCUGAAUGUGCUACCUGCCGGCUGGCAGCGGUCGACACAUUAUUCAUCUUUUAAAUGUCCCUUGAUCCCGGGGCGCCUGGGUGGCUCAGUCGGUUAAGCGUCCGA